AUGGAAGCAUCCAAAAACUGGUACAACAGGCAGUACGAAAGCUGGGUUCCAUGGGUCGAAGACAAGGUCCUCGGCUGGUGGGGUGAGAAUAAGACGAGCUACGUUGCCAAAGACAACCUCUCAAAGACGAAAGUCACUGGCGAUAAGAAUGUCGAUGCCAUCCAAGAUGGUGUCAAUGAGGGUGUCGGGGGCCAACUGGGAAAAGGCGGUCUCCUUGAGGGCGUUGGCAACCUCACUUCCAAAGAGGUUUUCACUCGUUCUGAACGCGAGGGAAAGAACGACAAGGGUGGAUAUAUCUGA